GCCACAACAGCGCACAUUCCGCGCCACCGUCCCAGCUUUUCACAGGGUUGCAUGGCUUAAUGAAGCAAAACAGAGAUUUUUUUGUGGUUUACAAAAAUUUUAAAACAGCUAAAGCGACUUAAUAAGCAAAAGCUCCUCGUUUUGGUUUUAUCAAAUCCAGACUAAACGACAACUACUAGUCAUUUGCAGGAUUUAAACGUUUGUUAGCAUGAUACAUCUAACGUUAGAUGUUUAUGUAUCUGUUUUGUUUUUAGCAAUAACAUCAAGCUAACAAACACAUCUGCUCACAAAAAGGAUUGGCUGAAAGGUGAGAAGUGUUUCACAGAUUUGCCUUUAAUUGUAGUUUAAUAAAAGACAGGAUGCCAGUGCACUCGAGAGAAAAGAAGGAGAGCAACCAUGAAGAGAUGGAGGUGGAUUUCGGUGAGCAAGAGGGGAGCAGUUCAGAAGAUGAGGACACAGAGAGCUCUUCUGUCUCUGAGGAUGGAGAAAGUUCAGAAAUGGACGAUGAGGACUGUGAAAGGAGAAGGAUGGAAUGCAUUGACGAAAUGACCAAUCUAGAAAAACAAUUCACUGACCUCAAAGACCAGUUAUAUAAAGAGAGAUUAAGUCAAGUUGAUGCCAAACUCCAAGAAGUGAUGUCAGGAAAGGCCCCUGAGUACCUAGAACCUCUUGCAACUCUUCAGGAGAAUAUGCAAGUUAGAACUAAAGUUGCAGGUAUCUACAGAGAGUUGUGCCUGGAAUCAGUGAAGAAUAAAUAUGACUGUGAAACCCAAGCAGCACUCCAGCACUGGGAGAGUGAGAAACUCUUAUUAUUUGAUACGGUUCAAAGUGAACUGGAGGAGAAGAUCCGACGUUUGGAGGAAGACCGCCACAGUAUAGAUAUUACCUCAGAGCUCUGGAAUGACGAGUUACAAUCAAGAAAAAACAAGAAGAAAGAUCCCUUCAGUCCAGACAAAAAGAAAAAGCCUGUUGUUGUGUCAGGGCCAUAUAUAGUUUACAUGCUGCAAGACCUGGAUAUACUGGAGGACUGGACUGCUAUUAGAAAGGCCAUGGCAACAUUAGGACCUCACAGAGUAAAGACUGAUGUCUCUUCAAAGAGUGACAAACACCAGCACAAUGCCCGCUCGGAGGAUGGACGCUUGUUUUACGACGGGGAAUGGUACAGCCGUGGGCAAGCCAUAUGUAUUGACAAGAAAGAUGAGUAUCCUGCGAGUGCUAUAAUAACUACAAUCAAUCAUGAUGAAGUCUGGUUUAAACGAGUCGAUGGGAGCAAGUCAAAACUCUAUAUCUCACAGCUUCAGAAAGGCAAAUACACCAUAAAACAUGCCUGAUCUACCCGAGAUCUGAUCAGAUGUCAUUGUGGCAGUCUGAAAUGUUUAAUAGUGCCAUUUUAUGUACAGUAUAUCAUGAUUUAAAUACCUUUUUGAUGUUUAAAAACAGAUACGUUGGUGUAUUGUAUGUCAUUUGAAAUGUGGGGAAAGCUGAUGUUGUUUUAUUGUAUAUUCAACGCAACACCAUUUGUAAAAUUAUUAUACUGGGCUCAUUUUUCCAUUUAAAUUCUGCUCAAUUAAUGGCGUUUGAACCCAGUUCUGGUGUGUAGUCAUUUAUAAUGCCAUGUCUAGCUACCAAAUGGCUUCCUACUUUUUUACAUUUCUGCCUCAUCACUGUGUUCAGAUACAAAUGACAUUCCACAAUUUGUAUUUGCCAUCCUUGGUGGCUUUUAAGUGUAAUGAAACGCUCUUGCUUGUGCAUCAUCUCACAUGAAAUACAGAUAUGAAGUAUUUUUAGGAGUGAAUAAACAAGACGUUAUCAUAA